AGAGUGUUGCCUCCUGUUCUGUCAGGAGGAUUGGAGGAGUCUUCAGCAGGCAUGGCCUCUUUGAGGGAUGACCCUGUGGAACGGCUUCAGGACGAGGUGUCUUGUUCCAUCUGCCUGGAGUACCUGAGAGAUCCAGUGACCAUCGACUGUGGCCACAACUUCUGCCGCACCUGCAUCUCCAACUACUGUGAGAGGGGAGCUGGUUCAGUGACCGGAGUGGCUCUUUGCCCACAGUGCCGGGCUGGCUUCAUGCUGAGCAGCUUGCGCCCCAAUAAACAGCUGGCCAACAUCGUGGAGGGCAUCGAGCGGCUGGCUCUGCGGCCAGGCCGAAGCCCUGCCAGCGAGGCCUUGUGUGAGAGGCAUGGCAAGAAGCUGCGCCUUUUCUGUCAGGAUGACGGGCAGCCCAUUUGUCUGGUGUGUGACAAAUCCCGAGAGCAUCGUUCGCACACGGUCCUGCCCAUCGAGGAAGCAGCUCACGACUACAAGAUUAAGCUCCAGGAAGCUAUGGAUUUUCUGAAGAAGGUGCUGGGAGAAGCAACCAAGCUGGAGACCCAAGAGGAAGAGAAAACAGCCCAGUGGAAGGAGAAAGUCCAGCAGCGCAGAGCCUUAAUUGUAUCUGGGUUCGAGAGACGGCGCCGGGCCUUGCAUGAGGAGGAGCAGCUGCUCCUGAGACAGUUGGAAGAGGAAGAACAGGCAACUCUGAAGAAGCUGCAAAUGAAUUGGGCGUUUGUGCUGGAACAGUGCAGUGGCCUGCGAGACCUGAUUUCGGAGAUGGAGCACAAAUGCCAGCAGCCUGCUGCCUCGUUGCUCAAGGAUGUGAAAAACACCUUGACCAGGAGUGAAAACGUGUCGUUGCUGGAACCACAGCCUAUCUCUAUGGAUCUACUGGAUUCAUAUGAUGUCCCUGGGUUGAUGGAGUCACUCCGAAGAUACAGAGCCCCGGUGACCUUUGACCCUGAGACCGCAAAUCCCUACCUGCUUAUCUCAGAGGAUCUGCUCAGCGUCCGAGUGGGGGAUCAGAGGCAAGAUGUGCCCAAGAGCUCAGUGCGUUUUGAGACGUGCACCUGCUUGCUGGGCCGGGGACAGUUCACCUCUGGGAGACACUACUGGGAAGUCCACGUGGGCAGCAAGACCAGCUGGACACUCGGCGUGUGCAGAGAAUCGGUGAGCCGCCAGGGGAUCUUCACGCCCUCACCCGCGACAGGUUUCUGGACCAUUUGGCUGCGGAACGGCGACGAGUAUGCCGCUCUCACUUCCCCCCUGACAGAGCUGGUGCUCAGGGCGAGGCCUAGUAUAAUCGGCAUCUUCUUGGACUACGAUGCAGGCGAGGUCUCUUUCUAUAAUGCGGACAAUGGGUCCCACAUCUUUACGUUCACAGACUCCUUUAUGGGGAUCCUCCGGCCGUAUUUCUAUCCCGGGGUCCGGGCAGGAGGCCUCAAUGAUGCUCCACUCAUCAUUCUACCAGCAUCCUGCCAGAGCCCAGACAUAUCUUACUCUACUAGCAAUGAGGCCUUUUCAAGUGACUGUGGCAUCCACAGCAGUUUCAUAGGUUUGUUGGAUCUGCUGAAGGAUUAGGGACAUCUGUGCCAAAAUGAACAGUAAAGAGAGGAAUAAUAAUAAUCAUCCUAUGGCAGUGUGCAUAAUAUAGCCGAGAGAGCCUAAGAUUGUCUGGCAGUCAGAAGUUCUAGCUGGUUUUGCGUUAUGCACUAUUAGAUGGCGAGCUAGACUUCUUUUUAAGGCAAGAGAUGUUUCAGAGGUGGUUUGCCAUUGCCUGCCUCUGUGUCAUAACCCUGGUAUUCCUUGGAGGUCACCCUUCCAAAUACUAGCCAGAGCUGAUCCUGUUAGGCUACUGAGAUCUAAUGAGAUCAGGCUAGCCUAACAAUCCAGGUCAGGGCAGCAAAGAGAGACAAAUUUAGACUAUGAACAAGAUCUGAUCAAUGGCCUAACUGGAAGUUGGCAAGGUAUUUUCUCCCAGAUCAAUGACCCUGGAAGGCUAGGUGUAUUUCACCCUUGAAACAUGUAGCAUGGCUCACUUUCUUAAGUCAUCUGGUGCUCUUUACCUUAGAAUCAUAGAGUUGGAAGGGACCUCCAGGUCAUCUAGACCAACCUCCUGCACAAUGCAGGAAACUCACAAAUACCUACCCCUAAAUUCACAGGAUCUUCAUUGCUGUCAGAUGGCCAUCUAGUCUCUGUUUAAAAACCUCCAAGGAAGGGGAGCCCACCACCUCCCGAGGAAGAAUGUUCCAUUGAGGAACCGCUCUAACAGUCAGGAAGUUCUAUACUUGACAUGGCCAGUUUGAUGUAGUGGUUAAGUGUGCGGAUUCUUAUCUGGGAGAACUGGGUUUGAUUCCCCACUCCUCCACUUGCACCUGCUAGCAUAGCCUUGGGUCAGCCACAGCUCUGGCAGAGGUUGUCCUUGAAAGGGCAGCUGCUGUGAGAGCCCUCUCCAGCCCCACCCACCUCACAGGGUGUCUGUUGUGGGGGAGGAAGGUAAGGGAGAUUGUGAGCCGCUCUGAAACUCUUCAGAGUGGAGGGCGGGAUAUAAAUCCAAUAUCUUCUUCUUCUUCUAAUGUUGAGCCGGAAACUCUUUUGAUAUAAUUUCAACCCAUUGAUUCUGAUCCUAUUUUCUGGGGCCACAGAAAACAAUUCCACACCGUCCUCAAUAUGACAGCCCUUCAAGUACUUGAAGGUGGUGAUCAUAUCACCUCUCAGCCGCCUCCUCUCCAGGCUAAACAUCCCCAGCUCCUUCAACCUUUCCUCAUAGGACUUGGUCUCCAGACCCCUCACCACCUUGUCGCCCUCCUCUGGACCAGCUCCAACUUGUCUAUAUCCUUCUUAAAAUGUGGUGCCCAAAACUGAACACAAUACUCCAGGUGAGGUCUUACCAGAGGAGAGUAAAGUGAUACCAUCACUUCAUGUAAUCUGGACACUAUACUUUGUAUACCGUUUUGGUAGUACACCAAAGUAUAUACACAAUAAAAUGCUUUUCUAUACUUGACAUGGCACAAUUUGCAAUUUGUAGCUGAUGGAUGGAAAGCUGGGCCUUACAGCAAGGUGGUGGGCUGAAUGAAUAUUUGGUGCCUUCCAACUCUGUAAUCAUAUAGAGCCUCGUGGCACCAGAACUGGGAAUAAAAGCAACUGGAUGUCUUGUCCCAUUGCCAGUUGUCUCCUUUUUUGUGAUAGAUGCUACUGGCUCAGGCACACUGCAGCCUGGAUGCUGCCAUUCACAUGGCCUUUUCCAUGCAGAAGUGAUGGCCCCUUAAAGUCUUGUAGAGCCAGGAAUGGCUGUAAUAGGUCAUGUAUUUACAUUCACGAGAGAUGAACGGCAGUGUUAGAUGA